AUGGAACAAGGUGUUGGUUUGAAGGCAGGACAACAGUUGGAUGACAUCAUUAUAGAUCCUGAUGAAGAACUGGAUGUGGAUUCUGAAGCUUUCAACAGUGAGGAAACUGACACACAGCAAGAACCUCUGGCCUUGCUCAUCCAAUUACAUAUACUGGCAGCAGACAUUGGAGAACCAUCACGCCCAACCAAAGGGGGAAUCCACAAUGUAAUUUUCCACGCCCAACUAACGAACGGGGACACCUUUGUAAAAGGCUCGGAAGAAGCGUUAAAAUCCUUAGGGACAAGCCUCCAACUAACAACCAACCCGGAUUCGGACGAACUAACUUUAAUUGAACUCCUGCCGGUCAUGACAAACUCCGGCCCGGCCAGCCCCGCUCGAUCGCACAAAGUACUGGCAACCAACCGCGAUAACCCAACAAUCAGCCAAAAAAUUCACAGCACUAUUAAAACUAAACUGAUGGGAAACAAUCUUGUUAAAUCCUGCCAAAAAAAACUUAACUUCGACCAAAACCCAGUAAACGAUAACCGACCAGCUACUACCGCCGCGUCACCAAUGGACAGCCAGCAGACAACAACGGACCCUGACAAAACAGUCGCACCCGCCGUCAUGGCAGCUGACAGCAAACCAAACCAGCUGUCUGCGGAGGGGCGACUGGCAGACAACAUAGGAGUCCCAACAUUUGAGAAAAGCAAACAAACUAAACCAAACGGCAUAGCCCCAACACUAUCCCCCCCACCCUCCCUUACCCCCACCACUAUCCCAGCCCCUGAACCCACCUCCACCACCUCCCACCCACCCUCUACAACCCCUACCCCAGCAGGCCCCACCAAUACCCCAGCCCUUGAACCCACCACCACCCUCCCCCAUCCACCCUCUACAACCCCUACCCCAGCAGGCCCCACCAACCCACCCACCCACUACUACCAUCACCCCAACCCCAACGGGACCCACCAGCUUCCCAACCAACCCACCCUCUACUACCCCCACCCCAACUCUAGCAAGUCCUGCCAAUCCCUCAACCACCCUGCAGGAAAACCCAACCCGCCCAACCACCCACCGGGAUACCCAUAA